CGAAGAAACAAGAGAAAAAGAAGAAGAUGGCAAUAGAGAUGGACUCUCACUCUCCCAUUUUGGUGGAAGAGAAAUCGAGUGCUAGAAUCUUGACAUUAAACAGACCCAAGCAGCUGAAUGUUCUGUCCUUCAACAUGAUGACUCGGUUACUGCAACUGCUCCUUGCAUAUGAGGAGGACCCUAGUGUGAAACUUGUCAUCCUAAAGGGUCAAGGAAGAGCUUUUUGUGCUGGUGGCGACGUUAAGCCCGCUGUUCGUAACAUUUUACAAGGUAUAUCAUUUUCAUCCUCCUUAUGAGUUAUGACCUUUUGCUUACUUUCACU